AUGUUUACUUUACAGGAGCUGGAACCCCUCAUGGCUGACACAAUCACCCAGACAGCAACACAGAGUAAGCAGCAGUCACAUCAGAAUGGGCUUUUCAACAUUCAGAAAGUCAAAGCCAAACUCACCCGCUUUGUGUCUUACUUUUCUGGAGACAUGACCCCUUUUGCUGAGUGGAUGAAAGGGCAGUUCAUCCUGUUUCAGAUUUUGGACUGGGUGUUGAGGGGAGCAGCUCAGGUCAUGUUUGUGAACAAUCCGCUAAGUGGACUGAUCAUCUUUGCUGGAUUGAUUCUCCAAAACAGAUGGUGGGCCCUCAAUGGUUUUGUUGGUACUUUGUUUGCCACAAUCUCAGCCCUCAUUCUUAAACAAAAUAGAGGUGCAAUAGCAGCAGGGUUGUAUGGAUACAAUGGAAUUCUGGUUGGUCUUCUAAUGGCAGUCUUUUCCAAUGCGGGUGACUGGUACUGGUGGCUUCUGCUGCCCAAUAUCUUUAUGUCAAUGGCAUGCCCAAUUGUUUCCAGUGCCCUGGCCUCCAUAAACAGUCGGUGGGACCUGCCAGUGUUCACCCUGCCCUUCAACAUUUUGGUGUGCCUGCACAUGGUGGCUACUGGCCAUUACAACCCCCACUUUCCCCAGGUUCUCAUCCAGCCCCGCACCUCCUUCCCCAACAUCACAUGGUCCGAGCUGGAUUAUGCAAAGCUGUUCCGCUCCAUUCCCGUGGGCAUCGGACAGGUGUAUGGCUGUGACAAUCCUUGGACUGGGGGCAUAUUCAUCAUUGCCCUGUUUAUUUCAUCACCAAUAACGUGUGUGCAUGCUGUUAUUGGUUCAGCUGUUGGUAUGGUAUCUGGUCUUGCUCUGGCUGCACCAUUUGAAAACAUCUACUUUGGACUGUGGGGAUACAACUGUGUUUUGGCAUGCAUUGCAAUUGGUGGAAUGUUCUACGCUCUCACUUGGCAGGUUCACCUCCUGUCUGUAGCUUGUGCAUUUUUCUGUGCCUAUCUUGGCUCUGCUAUUGGCAAUGUCAUGGCUACAUUUGGGCUCCCAGCGUGCACUUGGCCGUUCUGCCUCUCUGCCCUCACAUUCCUUUUGAUCACCACAGAGACAAAAACUAUCCACAAACUGCCGCUCGCCAAAGUGACCUACCCUGAGAAAAACCUGCUGUACUUUCGAAAGAUGAAGAAAGAGGUGAAGGCUGAAAAUAUUGAAAAAGCCAAAGAGACGCAGCAGCUUCAGGAGAAAGCAGAAGAGCUGCAGAAUGAAAAUGAGGUGAAAAUCACAAUAGAAACAACAGGAGAAACAACAGUAGAACUAUAG